AUGCAGAUUGAGUUUUCCGCAGUCGCUGAAGACUGCGGUAUAGUGAACAAAUCUGCAGCGUAUGUCCCUCCCCCGUCUCCCCCACCCCCCACCUCCACCUCCACCUCCACAUCCCACACACUUCAACAUCCCAUCGUCUUGUUACCCCCCAAACCCGAUCAAGAGUUUGAAUCCCUGUCUAAUAAAAUGCUGCUUCAUACCAACAGGGCACAGCGCUAUGGACGCCUUCUCAAAGAGUAUAAGGCGAAUCCCGAGGGUGGUGAGGGUGCCACCAGCAGCAUCACUGCUGCUACCGGCAUCACUCCCACCGACACCACUCCUACCGGCGAUGAAAAUGCCGAUAACGGCUUUGCCGUUGUCAACGACGACGCUGCCCCUAACACUGCCAGCGCCGUAGACGCUGACGGCUCUUUAGCCAACGACAACAAGAAGCGGAAGGCCGCCGCUCCUCCCGCAUCUACCUCCGCCAGAAACCCGUCGGGUAAGGGCCCAGCGAGGAAUAAAAACCGGGUGAUGAGGAGGAAGGUGGCCGUGGAAAAGGCCGAAAGUCUGGUGCAGAAGUUCUUUAGGGAAGGAAAGAAGGAGGAGUCCGACGAAGAGGUUCUGUACAAAAUGCAGAGCCUUGAAAAAUUCAAAAUGGAGGAUCUUGUGGAGGAAGAGAAGAUGGAUACAAGAAACGAGAUCGUAUAUGGGAUGGAAUCUUGUUGGGGGAUGGAUGAAAAAGAAACUGUCAAGGAUGAGGGGGAUGGGAUCUAUGUGGAGUAGGGGAAGGAUUCGGAGAUGAGAAGAAAGUGGUGGAGUGGAGGGUAUAUGGGAAGAAGAGGGAUAUAAUCCAUUUGGGCGACGUUCUUG